AACUGGGACUACAUCCUGCCCUUGAACUAAGUAAUCACCCAGUCCCUUUAAGAUUUACGCAUAAAAGCAGCUCAAGCCUUGACUGUUCUACUGCUGUUCAUGCUACUGCCAUGAGAGAGAGGCUCGCAGCUAUGAUGGGCUUCACAAGGGGAAUGUACUCCAAGUCCGGGGUUCACUGUGAAUUCAACUUUGGCCAAAAGUCAUCUGCUUCUGACACCAAUGACAAGUUGCAGAUGAAGAAGGAGAUCUCACUGAUGAAUGGAGUAUGCCUGAUUGUGGGCAACAUGAUCGGCUCGGGCAUCUUUGUCUCUCCUAAGGGUGUGCUGAUGUAUAGCGCGUCCUAUGGGCUGUCACUGGUCAUCUGGGCUCUGGGUGGCAUCUUCUCAGUCUUUGGGGCACUCUGCUAUGCAGAGCUGGGCACCACUAUUGCCAAAUCUGGUGCCAGCUAUGCUUACAUCCUGGAAUCCUUUGGAGGCUUUAUAGCCUUCAUCCGCCUUUGGACGUCCAUCCUCCUUGUGGAACCGGCCAGUCAGGCAGUCAUCUCGCUAACUUUUGCCAACUACCUCGUCGAGGGUCUCUACCCCACCUGCCAGCAACCCUACAACACUGUGAGACUUAUUGCUGCUGCCUGCAUCUGCAUACUAGUUUUCAUCAACUGUGUCUGCGUGAAGUGGGGCACCAUGGUGCAGGAUUUCUUCACCUACACCAAGCUCCUGUCACUCAUCUUCAUCAUUGCUGUGGGUGCCCUGAAGAUAAUGCAAGGAGAGAUGGAGAACUUCAAAAGUCCCUUCAAAGGCUCCUCCACGGAUCUUGGGAACAUUGCCCUUGCCUUGUACUCGGCCCUUUUCUCCUACUCCGGCUGGGACACCCUCAAUUUUGUCACAGAGGAAAUCCAGAACCCAGAGAGGAACCUGCCAUUGGCAAUUGCCAUCUCCAUGCCCAUUGUAACUAUCAUCUAUCUGCUUACAAAUGUGGCAUACUACGUGGUGCUUGAUAUGUCAUCUUUGCUGGCCAGUGAUGCGGUUGCUGUGACAUUUGGGAACGAAGUGCUUGGACCCAUGAAGUGGGUCAUUCCCAUUGCUGUGGCGAUGUCCUGCUAUGGCGGACUAAAUGCCUCAAUCAUUGCUGCCUCAAGACUCUUUUUUGUAGGCGCAAGGGAAGGGCAUCUCCCUGAAAGCCUUAGCCUCAUCCAUGUGGAGCGUUUCACCCCCGUCCCAGCACUCAUCUUCAAUGGGGUCAUGGGAUUGAUCUUCCUGUGCGUGGAAGAUGUCUUCCAGCUCAUCAAUUACUUCAGCUUCAGUUACUGGCUGUUUGUGGGUCUCUCAGUGGCAGGGCUCAUCUAUCUGCGCAUCACACAGCCUGACCGACACAGACCUGUCAAGCUGACACUGCUGUUCCCGUUCAUCUACUGCUUGUGCAGUGUGUUUCUAGUCAUUGUCCCACUGUACUGGGACACUGUAAACUCCCUCAUCGGAGUUGCCAUUGCUCUGUCGGCAAUCCCUGUCUACUAUGUAGGGAUUUACCUCCCUGGGGACCAGCGGCCAAAAUUCAUUGGUCAGCUGAAUGCUGCCAUCACCAGAUACACCCAGAUCCUGUGUUUUUGCUGUCUCACCAAGUUGGACACUGAGUCCAAGACGCAGGCCGAGGCCAAAGCCCAGUGACACUAUUCAUCUGCUCUGCGGUGCUUGUGCAACUGGACAUGCACAUUUCCCAAGUGAGACUUUUUCAGUACUUAGUAACAGGUGCCAUUUAAACGCAUGGCAAAGCAAUGCUUUGUUUUAAUAUUUAAACGCUGACCACAUUGUUUUACUUCCUUACUUGGAGAUGGGGUCAACAGAUGCACACCUGCAAAUAUGAUAUUGCUCAAGUAUCAACAAAUAGUUUCUUAGUACUUUUAUAAUGGCCAUAGGCUUGCACAUAUUUUCAGUGACUGCUGUAUGGAUAUACGAUACAUUUGGGAAAACUUGGACUGGAAAAAUGUGAUUUUUUUUUUUUUUUUUCCCCCCCAUGCUGCAUAAUACAUGUGAAUAUAAGUUUACAGUGGACCAACAUGCAACUGACAUGGGCAGACUGCAAUUGUACACUGAAUUAUAAAGUUAUAUGUGAACAAUAUAAAAUGACAAACAUGAUUUAUGUCAAAUGCUUGUCAUGACAUACCUGUUUUGUGAUAAAUUUAACUGAUUCUUAAUUUUUUUCUUUAUUUUUUAUUGGGGGUGAUUUGUAAUUAAUGACAAAUUCUGCUUUUUCA